UAGAUCCUUAUUUACUGCCAAACGAACUGCUGACUCCACUAAAGUCUUGUAAAAAGUUGCCAGAUUUGACGUUUGCUGAUAUUUAUAUCUACCUCGUCCACAAUCCCUCUCCAUACACCGGCGAAGCUCUCAAAGCAUUUAAAAGCACUGAAGCCUACCUCUACUUCACUUCGGGAUGGGUUAAUGAUCCCAAAAUCUAUCAUCUGGAGAUGAAGAAAAUGUUCUUGAUAACAGGACGGGUGAAGCAUUCACAAAGCCUCAGUGUAACACCAACACACCCCUGGAUAACAGUACAGGAAGAUGGGACUGUUCUCAUGGCUCACUGCACCUGUAAGGCUGGUUUAGGAGAGGUUUGCUCUCAUGCAGCAGCUCUAAUGUAUUGUGUUUUGGCUUCUGUUGAUGUCAAUAAUGGGCAGGCUUGCACCCAGAAGCCCUGUGCAUGGGCCCAGCCAAGUAUGGAGUCUGUCCGAGGUGUCCAAUAUGCAGAGAUCCGUAACAUCAGUUUCUGUCAUAAACAAGAGCCCCGUCAUGUUCAAGGCCCUGGUUUUCCUGACAUUACACCAUCAGAUGAAGAGUGCAGGGUGUUUUUUGAGAUGCUUCAUCACAGUGAAAUGCAAGAGUCAAAGCCAAAGAAAAGUGCCAUCCUUUCUGUCAUCGAGGGCCACUCCCACAUGUACACGCCAAAGGUGAUGCAGCUGGACUUGCCCACUCCUUUGUCAAACAUAUAUUCAAGCACCUGGCUGGAGAUGGACUUGCCCACGCUACUGGUUGAGAGUGUCAAGGUCUUUGAUAACCUACAUCUGACACAGCAACAGGUAAGUAUAAAAACUUUACCAACUAAUUACUACCAAUAUUUCUACCUGUGCAGUUUAAAUUCAUGUAGAUAA